UUGUUGGGGAACACUGAAUUCUUUUUAAGGUUGCUGGAUGGUCUGAAACAAUUGCACCCCACUGCACAGACGCAUGCGUCGGUCAUUGAACCUGUCACGAACAUAAUAGUCGGCGUGUUGAAAACAGAUGUCAAAGCAGAGUUUGAGUUUUUGUUUUGCAUGUCGGGCUACAAGCCUGCAGUCUGCAGCCGUUGCAAAAUCUCAACGCUCCGCUUCUUGCAUACCCUUUUUGUGACGCCGAUGCUCCCAUUCGCGCGUUUUCUUUUUGUCUUUAUUCUGCACGCUCCAUGGAGCUGUGGAUCUGAACGCUCCGAGAAUGACACGGAAGGAUUGAUGCAAAUUCAUACCGCAAGGCUGGUGGACGAUCCGGUGGAUCGCUCCAGCGUCCGACGUGAUCCAGCCGACCGAGCUGACCGUCGACUGCAUCGACGACAUGGACGACAACGUGGGCGGCGGUACGGUUAUGGACAAAGGACAACCACGACCACGACUUUGCUGCCGAAUGUGAUCAAACUGAUGAAAGAUUUGGAGGCCUCAAGAGAAGCGCUUGGAGCAACUUUCUCCACCCUGGCUGAUAGCCUCGCUGGCAGCGAUGCGAGAUUGGUCCGGGACUUCUCCAACAAGUGGUUGGGCGCGUCAGGUGGCCUGUUGCUGGUGACGGAGUUUGUCACCAACUAUGCAGCAAAUGCCAGUUAUGGUAGCAACAACGUAGGCUUGCUGGACGCUUUGAGUGCUAUAGUUGACUCCUUGUCCGGGCCCGUCUCUCUUCUUCAAAGUGGCUCCUCUGCAGUGGACGAAAACCUGGCAGAGAAUUGCGUCUACCUUGCAUCUUAUGCGAAUCCAGUGUUUGGAGAUGGCGAACUCUAUGACAUGUUGACGGAGCUGCAGAAUGUUUGCAGUAACGACAACGUGGCUGCAGCUUUGCCUGCUGCAGCGGAGCCCAAUGCUGCUGCUCUGAUUGCAGGGGCGAACGUGCUGGAGACUGGGGACGCUCCCACUACCACACAAAGAGUUUCUACUACAACCACCACUCCUACUACGACCGCCGGUGCUACUUCGACUUCCAGAUCUAGUGUAACCGCUGCCACUACAGCUACUGCUACCAGUGCCACAACCGCGACCGCGACGGCGACCAUUACCACAACAACGCCUGCAACCACAACCGCCGCGACCACGGUCACAUCUACUACCGUCGCAACAAUGGCACCGACUACGACAACGGCACCAACUACGACGGCGGCCACCACGGCAGGUACAACCACGAGCGCAGAUGUUGAUAGACAUUGGGUGCUUGGGCCUGGAGGAGGCAGCUGCGAUGACGUCUGUGGCAUCGGGCUGUGUGAUCUAACGAAGCAGGAAUCGGUGACGAGCGACGAACUCAUGACGAUUUCAAUCAGCUUGGGCCGGCAGUGCGCAAGCGUGAACAGCUGGCCAAAUCCUUACAGUCCAGAAAUCGACAGUAGUCAGACGUGUUGGAGAGCAUCGGGAUCCACAACUUGCAGUGCUGACACCACCGAUAUUCGCCACCAACGCUUUUGCUACUGCACCAUGGCAACGACAAUGAGAACGAGGGCCGAGCCACCAAACGGGUUUCAAUUUGCGCAGGCGCCUGCUGAAAAAGAGAACUCGCUGAUCCAGAUCGAAGCCGAGCCACCAAAGGGAUUUCAACUUGUGGAGCCUACCGCUGACAGCUCGCCGGUGGAAGGUGCAGUCUUCACCGGGAUGGCGCGCUUCGAAUCCAGCUGCAGCAACCCCAAGGAGUGCUACGACAUUUACCGAUUCGGUGGUUGUGUUUCAAGCGCCAGUGGGUGGCUGCCCACCGACCAGACCUACUGGGGAGUCGUGAGCGCGGACAAUGCAACCCCAUCAGUUCGUUGGGAGAACCAAGCUCCCUCACCCGUUCCUUUCGCAGCGCACACCGUGGUGGGCAAAGACCAAGAUCAUGCCUUAGUACUUGGUGGCCUGACCUCCUGUGGUGAAGAUGCUGCCCACCAGAACUUUCUGUGGCAGUGGAGGCGGACGGAUGGAAGCUGGGACCAAUUGACUCCCAUCCCAGAGCCUUGCGGGCUAGCCUUUCACACUGCGCACUAUUUUCGCGAUCAAGGCGGAAGAAACGGAAUGGUGGUCUUCGGCGGACUUCAUGGAACUUCUGGGUCAGGGUGCACAGCAGCGGCUCCAGUCGUUUCGGACUCUGUUUGGUGGUUCGACUUUCAGACGUUGACCUGGUCGGAGAAGAAGAUCAUCCCUCACGGUGUAUGGGGACACGCAAGCACUCUCAUAUCAGUCAGUAAUCUUGGAAAGCGGAGGGGACUCUGUGUCCAUGGCGGCCGCAUGCAGGAUGGAUCCAUAGAUAACACGGUGCGUCUCUAUCCUCUUUUGGGCAUCAUCUCUGGACCUGGCAAGGAGAUCAAACCCACUUCGACUUCAAACACGGGGCCACAGCGGAUGUUCCACACAAUGAGCCUUGGCUUGUAUUUGUUUGGUCACUUUGCACAGUCAAUCUUUGGCUCGACUAAAUAGUUAACAUGUUGCCGUGGAGACCUGGGAAGCCACUUUGUGGACUGUGGCUUCGGAGGUGAGCCAUUUGCACAGUUCAACUAUACCACUUGCCACAAAUCUGAAUCAGAAUGGUGAAGCUCCACCUGCAGUGCGCCAGCAAGGGCCAAAUUGAGUUUAUGGCAUACCCAUCGCCUGCGCGAAACGGAGUGCGGCAGUAGCCGCCCACGUUUCCGCUCUCACCACCGGUUUGCUCAAUUCCGGGAAACCCAUCCCCUGGGAGCCCCGCCUACCCCUGCGUGCCUUGCAAGCAAAAAAGAGAACCUAUGCGGCAACGCUGCCAAGGCUGCUUGCGUUGCAUGGACUGGUUGAAGCCAAGCUGGCCAUCCGAUGUGUUUCAGGAGAGGUGCAUGCUGAAUUGCAUGGACCACCUGCAAAAAGGUUGACCUCUACAGUGAGGCUGAGAAUCCUCAGCCCCACCAUUGGCAGACGGGUGUUUCCACCCCUUGACUGGUUUGCUUAAACACUAUAUGAAGGAUCCUUUCAACAAAGCUCGAAGUAACCCUUGCUGUUAAGUAACCCUUGCUGUUAAUUCAGCAGGCAUCUGAUCUGGUCAAUUGCAACCUUCGGGCAUGCGUGUUGCAGCCCUGUGAAACCCUUGCGAUGCCUCCAUCGCAAACCGACUGGACCCAGUCCCGGAGCACCAGCCGUCGUACAUCCUGCGGCGCCGCUUUGGUCAAGCUGCACCAGUAAUCUUCACGGCUGGGAAACCCAAAUGAGCUUUUUUAAAAAUUGAGCCUAUCCUAAACAACCGCUGCACAAGAAGGCCACAUGGGCCUGGAGCUACAUCAGUGCCUCUUUGGCCUAUCGGGACAUCACUGGGUCUUGCAACUCUGGGACUCCGAAUCGGCGAAAUUGGUUGAUCAUUGCAAGAGGUUCUGGGUCAGUACCUGGGCGCUCGAGCAGGAAGUGGAUUGUCGGUUGAGUUCCCUUGUUGUUUGUCGCAGUGCCUGCAAGAGGUUGUACUGUUGCCUCAAGAGCCUUUCCGAUGUAAAACCCCUCGAUCCAACUCAUCGAUGAAUCCCAGGGACUAUAGGGAUUACAAAUCGUUUUUCGUGCCGGAUGAGACUAAUUACAGGCGCAUAGCUGUGUUCAGGUGGCACGCCCCUGCUCGACAGUAUCUUUGAUUGCGUUCCUUUUUAUUGCUAAGGAUGCAAUUUGGAAGAACGUCAUUUGGCAACCACAUGAAAGUGACGGGAGGUGUGCGGCCCACUUCCUCUCAAAGUUUGCCAUUUUCUGGCGAACUCACCCUGAGUUCGAGAACCGACAACCUCUUCUUUUCUGGUGUGACUGGGCAAUUUUAUGAACUGCUAUGGGCAGUGGAGGAAAAUCCAGCUGACGAUCCGCCAAGGACCUGGGGACAAACGGGGUUGGAGUACAAUUAUGUGACUGGCAAAGACGGUGGGAAGGACUACGACUUCAUGCUACUGGGUGGCUGCCUUGGAGGCCCAUGUGUCCCCGCCAACGAUCUUUAUUUGUACCGAGCCGGCGCCCAAGGCGCCCAAGGCGUGUUCUUAUCACUGCUUUGCAUCCUGCUCUUGCGGUAGAAAAA